AUGCUCUAUGAUGACCAUAGUUUCGAAUUACUUAAUAAGCCAACUAGUUUUCCAUUCACAAGCAUUUCUGAUACUGAAAUUUUAAGGAUAUUAAGCGACUGUUUCAAAACAGGAGGAUUAAUGAAUAACUAAAUAAUAUAUUCAAACUAAUAAACUAUGAUCAAUAAAAUAAUUUAAAUAAUUAUAUUCUAAAAACUCAAGACUAAACAACACUAUUAGUUUAUUAUUAGGAUUUAAAUAGGUAAGGAAAGUUUUGAAUUUUUAAAUCAUAUUAAUAAAUAAGAAAUGAUUGUUGCUUUGUAUUUUGUAUCGAUUAUAGUGGGAAUUUUGGGUUGGAGAGACUACUAUCGGGAGUACCCUAAUAUUUAUGGAUAUUUUUAAUCUGACAAAUGCCCAGAAUUACAUGUACAAAAGGUUGGUCUGCAUCCACACUAAUGCGUCUGUAAGUUUAAGGGAUUUAUUUUAGCAUAUGCUUCGAUUUGUAGGGGUGUGACAGAGAUGGUGAUAAAAACGGAAUUGAAUGGGACUUAACAUGUAUGUCAUGACAAAUUCCAACCAUGGGGAGCUGGAACUCCAACAAGAGAUAAUAUUACAGUUCAUUGUGGAUUUGCGGAGGGUGAUCAGCUAGUGAUGGAAAGGCUAUCAGAUGGAAAUUAUAAAUAUUAUUGCUAAUGUAAGUUUCAGUUAGUAAUAGUUUAGCAUUAAUGGAUGAAAAAAAUGUAAGAUGCUUGAUAAAUGCUCUUCAAUAAGGCGUUUAUAGUUGCCAAUUUUGCAAGCCUCCUUACUUUGGACUAGAUUGUAAAAAAGUUAUGUAUGGUUUCGAUUAACGGUAUACAAAUCCACUCCGAUGUAUAAAUUAUAUUUAUUUAAGAAUGCUCAGGAAAUUGUUUGGAAUGUGAUCCAAAUUAAGUUUGUAAUAAAUGUGUUAAUGGCAAGAGUAAAUUGGAUUCUAACGAUUAAGCGUGUUCAAUAGGUAUAUCAUAGUUUAAACUUUUUAAAGAUUGUGUAGGAUUUACAACUUGCUCUAUAGUUUCUAAUGUAUAUUAGUAUAGUAAUGUUUGCAUUCCGGGAACUGUGCGUUGGUAGGACCGUUGCCUUUGUACAUUUUGAAUUCUAUUAUUAGCCUGUCCGGAUGGUUGUUUAAGUUGUACUUAAGAUACAUAAUACAUGUAAAAAAGGUCUUGUGAUGUCUGUGAUUCUAAUUACUUUAGAUAAUUAUAUAGUAAUUAUGAACCUAAUAUGUACUUUUGCUAUCGAGCAAGUAGUUGUGAUAUCACAAGAUAAGCGUUGAUUAGUCAAUCAUAAACACCUACUGGAGAAUAUAUUUAUAAUAUACAAUGUUAUUUAUGCGACCCAGGACUUAUUUAUGUUGCUUCUACUGGAUUCUGCCAAGGUAGAAUUUUAAUAAAAUAUAUCUUUAGUUAGUUAUGCUGUGAAGGAAGCUUGUUUUUUUUUGGAUAAUUAUGGAACUAAGUGCGUAGCCUGUCUUCCAUGGUAUAGUUUACAAAAUGAUGGCACGUGCAAACCAAUGGCCUGCAAUUAGAACUGUUUUACAUGUGAUGAUACAGAUCCAGAUUUCUGUACUACUUGUGAUGGUUUUAAUCAUAAAAUACUUGAUAAUGGUAUUUGCAUAUGUAAGCCAAAUUAUGGUCUUAAAAUUGAUGAGUGUGUAAAAUGUUCUGAGGGUUAUUGUUCAGAUUGUGAAUCAGGCAAUUUUUUUUCAUGUACGUCAUGUGCACUUGAAACAAAUAGAAUAUUAGUUGAUCAAUAAUGCAUUUGCAAACCUGGUUCAUGUGAACCUGGAGAUGGAAGUGUGACAUGUAUUGGUAAAUAUACUGAAUAAUAAUUAAGUAUGCGAUACAUCAUGUGUAAAUUGUUCUGGUCCAACAAGUAAUGAUUGUACCUUAUGUCCAGAUGAAAUCACUUCAAAUAGAAUUCAGGUUGGUAAUUCUUGUCCUUGUAAACCAGGUUAUGCUGAUUAUGAAAUCAAAGAUGCUAAAUGUGGAAGUAUUUAUAAUUUUCUAUUAAGAAUGCCAUCCAAGAUGUAAAUCAUGUUUCUAAGCAGCUGAUGAAACUUCAAAUUAAUAUUGUCUAACUUGCAUUCCUGGAUAAAAUCGUGUUCUUUCAGUGAAUCUCAGUUGUGAGUGCAAAGAAAAUUAUGGUGAUUUUGAUGGCACUUCAGAUAUUUGUCUUAGUAUUUUUAUAAAUUAUAUUUAGUCUGUGAUUAUACUUGUGGAGUAUGUAAUGAUUUUGGUCCCACUCAUUGCACCUCAUGUUUAGAAAGCUCAAAUAGAUAUUUAACAGCUUCAGGAGAAUGCUAAUGUAAAACAUCAUAUUUUGAUGAUCAAACAGAAAACAUAGAAUGUUAAAGUAUUAAUAAAUAUUAAUCCUAGAAUGUCAUUAUUCAUGUUUAAGAUGUGCCAAUACCAUCGAAGAAAAUGCAUGUGUAGAAUGUCCUGCAACUAGAAAGCCUAGUGAUCCAUUAGCCACUUAAUUUCAAUGUGUUUGUGAAUUUUCAAACUACUUUGAUGAUGGAUUAUCACCAACCUGUCUAUAAUGUGAUAGUUCCUGUCUAACCUGCUAUGGUCCUCUUUCAGCUAACUGCCUAACUUGUGAUCCAACAUAUAGAGAAUUUGAUUUAUCAUAAUGUCUAUGUCCACCAGGAUAUUUUGAUGUUGGAUAAUUAGAAUGUGCAAGUAAAUCGAUAUUAAACAUUAUAAGAAUGUCACUAUUCUUGUUUUUAAUGCUUUGAUAAUACAGCUGAAGGUUGUGUAAAUUGUUCAAUUGAUUUUCAUCUUAGAGUGUUAAAAGGAAAUACUUGCAAAUGCAUAGAUGGAUAUUAUGAUGAACCAGGAACAUCUAAAUGCUAAAGUAAUUAUGAAGAUAUUUGUAUAAUAGAAUGCUCAUAUAAAUGCGAAACUUGUUAAGAUUAAGCUGAAAAAUGUUUGAGUUGUCCUUUAAAUUCAUUGCGUACUUUUGAUUCCACUUUGGGUUGCCCUUGUCCAGGAGAGUAUUAUGAUUAAGUAAAUGUGAUUACAUGUUAAAGUAACAUAAAAAUAUAUUAGAGAAUGCCAUUUCAAAUGCAAAACUUGUAAUGCCUAAACAGAAAGCUCAUGUCUCUCAUGUGAUCCAUUAUCAUAUAGAGAAAUUAAGCUUUAAUAAUGUAAAUGCUAACCACAUUAUUUUGAAAUGGAAGUUUAGGAAUGCACGAGUAAUUAUUAAACCCAAAUUUAGUUUGUAGUGCCCUCUGUUACGAAUGUGUUGGCAAUUUUGAAAAUUGUACAUCAUGCUCUGAUGAUAGAUAUCUAGUUGGAAAUAAAUGUUUAUGUGCUUCUAAGUUUUAAGGAGCUUCAAUAAGUACAUUUGAAUUUAAUGGUAUGGUCAAAUGCUAAAGUAUAUCUUCAUAUAAAUGUUAGAGUGCCACUAUUCUUGUGCAACAUGUGGAGGAGUAGAGGAAAAGGAUUGCAUAACUUGUAUUGACACAGAUAAUAGGUACUAAGUAGGUAAUACUUGUGUCUGUAAAGAAGGAUAUUAUGAUGCAGGAUUGCCUGUUUGUUAAAGUAUUUAUCGAUUGUUAUCAAUAGAAUGCAGUUACAAAUGUAAAGGAUGCUCAAAAUAAUCUGAAUAUUGUACUUCUUGUUAAGAUAACAGUUUAAGNUGCAAAGAAAAUUAUGGUGAUUUUGAUGGCACUUCAGAUAUUUGUCUUAGUAUUUUUAUAAAUUAUAUUUAGUCUGUGAUUAUACUUGUGGAGUAUGUAAUGAUUUUGGUCCCACUCAUUGCACCUCAUGUUUAGAAAGCUCAAAUAGAUAUUUAACAGCUUCAGGAGAAUGCUAAUGUAAAACAUCAUAUUUUGAUGAUCAAACAGAAAACAUAGAAUGUUAAAGUAUUAAUAAAUAUUAAUCCUAGAAUGUCAUUAUUCAUGUUUAAGAUGUGCCAAUACCAUCGAAGAAAAUGCAUGUGUAGAAUGUCCUGCAACUAGAAAGCCUAGUGAUCCAUUAGCCACUUAAUUUCAAUGUGUUUGUGAAUUUUCAAACUACUUUGAUGAUGGAUUAUCACCAACCUGUCUAUAAUGUGAUAGUUCCUGUCUAACCUGCUAUGGUCCUCUUUCAGCUAACUGCCUAACUUGUGAUCCAACAUAUAGAGAAUUUGAUUUAUCAUAAUGUCUAUGUCCACCAGGAUAUUUUGAUGUUGGAUAAUUAGAAUGUGCAAGUAAAUCGAUAUUAAACAUUAUAAGAAUGUCACUAUUCUUGUUUUUAAUGCUUUGAUAAUACAGCUGAAGGUUGUGUAAAUUGUUCAAUUGAUUUUCAUCUUAGAGUGUUAAAAGGAAAUACUUGCAAAUGCAUAGAUGGAUAUUAUGAUGAACCAGGAACAUCUAAAUGCUAAAGUAAUUAUGAAGAUAUUUGUAUAAUAGAAUGCUCAUAUAAAUGCGAAACUUGUUAAGAUUAAGCUGAAAAAUGUUUGAGUUGUCCUUUAAAUUCAUUGCGUACUUUUGAUUCCACUUUGGGUUGCCCUUGUCCAGGAGAGUAUUAUGAUUAAGUAAAUGUGAUUACAUGUUAAAGUAACAUAAAAAUAUAUUAGAGAAUGCCAUUUCAAAUGCAAAACUUGUAAUGCCUAAACAGAAAGCUCAUGUCUCUCAUGUGAUCCAUUAUCAUAUAGAGAAAUUAAGCUUUAAUAAUGUAAAUGCUAACCACAUUAUUUUGAAAUGGAAGUUUAGGAAUGCACGAGUAAUUAUUAAACCCAAAUUUAGUUUGUAGUGCCCUCUGUUACGAAUGUGUUGGCAAUUUUGAAAAUUGUACAUCAUGCUCUGAUGAUAGAUAUCUAGUUGGAAAUAAAUGUUUAUGUGCUUCUAAGUUUUAAGGAGCUUCAAUAAGUACAUUUGAAUUUAAUGGUAUGGUCAAAUGCUAAAGUAUAUCUUCAUAUAAAUGUUAGAGUGCCACUAUUCUUGUGCAACAUGUGGAGGAGUAGAGGAAAAGGAUUGCAUAACUUGUAUUGACACAGAUAAUAGGUACUAAGUAGGUAAUACUUGUGUCNAGGAAUAAGACCCAUAGAAGUUUAGAAGAAGAUUGAUAGACCCCUUUUGAAUGAAAGUGUUAUAUAUCAAGAGGUUUUCAAAGCUUAAGCAACAUUAAGUGGAGAAUUUUGUUACAUCUAUAGUUGA